AUGCGCGUGCUCGCCGAGCAGAUCGUCAAGAAGGUCGAGCGAAAAUAUGAGGAACGCGCGAGAGAGAACGAAGUGGAACACCGGUUGCGCGAGCUGCGCGACGAGUACGAGCUGGAGCGCGAGGAGUUGAAGCGGGAGGUGGAGAGGGAGAAGCGGAGGGCCGAGGAAUUUGUCGUCGGCAAGGACCGGGAUUUGAGGCAUACGAUCGAGCUGAAGUUGAGGGAGAAGGAAGCGCGACUCGAGCAGGACCGAUGGGCGCUCGAAAAUCGGCUCGCCGAGUUCAUCAACGCCAGGGAGCAAUUUGAAUUUGUGCAGACGGAGUGGAGAGCGAAGUUGGACGAGGAGAGAGAGGCGUUGCAUCUGGAGAAAGAGAGAAUAGCGAGAAAAGAAGCCGGCAGCAGUCAAGUGGAGGAGCGAGCCCGACGAGUAGCCCAAAGCUUCGUCGAGGCCGAGAGGAUCGAAAGCCUGGAACGCAUCAGAACCCUCGAGAUGCGCAUCACCGAGUUGACAAAGAAAUUGGCCGACGCCGGCUCGCAAAACUUUGAGCUUCGCCACCGGCUUGAUCAACUCCUAGGCAUAGAGAACGAACUCUCCGGCCACAAAGACCAACUGCGGCGGAUGGCCGCCGAGAAUUCGGACCUAUCCGAAAAAUUGCGGCUCCAACCGGAUUAUGCCGGGUUGAAGGAGGAGAACGGGAGACUGAGACAACAGUUGGUGGAGGCGAGACGGAUAACUGGGGAUACGAACGAUCGCCUGAAGACUGUUUCCCAGGAAAGAAGCUACCUACGGCAGCAAGUCAAAGAAUUGAGACGCAGGGAUUUGCAUAACCUGGCAGUACAGCGCUCCAGAAGCAUCUCGGCUUCAAGGCGGCCACGGAGGAUCAGCCCCUCGACGUCUCCGGUCUCUUCCCUCUCUUCCGAUGGCGAUUCCGACGUGGCCGAGAUCCGGAAACGUCUCCGCGCCCUUGGUGAUGCUUCAAAAGACCUCGACGCGACGGCCGAUCGUAUCUUCGGUUUCCGGGCCACCGUCCUCGACGACGACUGGACCGCCGGGCAGCUUGAUGAUUUUUGCAGGGAUCAGGCGAUCGAGGAGACGAGGUCAAGGCAAAUACACCGUCCCGUGGCCGUUCGCCCGGCCCAGGUUUCCGACCCGAUUUUCCGCGCCCCCGAGCAGCCAAAGACAGAAACGAAACCCAGAAGCGUGAAGCCUCCCUCCCCAGCGCAGUCUCCGCCUAAAAACUCGCCGAAAAAUGAGACAACCCCGCCAGCCAAACCUACAAAAAACGAGCUGACUUUCGAGGAGAAGCUGCGUCAACGCGAAGCGCAGCGGAAUCCCCCAACUACCGUACCCGCCACCGACAAUACCGUAUUCGAGGGCGUUGACCCGGUGAUGGCACGCUACAUGGCGAUGGUGAUGAAGCAGAGAGAUGGCGGGGGAGAAGCUGAAGAAAAGAAAACAACCUCCCCGCCCGGUCGUGAGGAAGAUCUGGAAGUGCCUAACCUUCGGUUGGAACGGUAUGAGCCGGCGAACGACGACUUCGAGUGG